UUGUAAAUGCUUUGACCACCUUAAUCCCACAUCAGGGUUUAGAACAUUUAACAUGAGAAGGAUGGCUUCACACUGUAGCCUAAAACCCAGUCACUGAUCAGAAAAGAGCUUCAUUUUGAGAUAAUUUUAAAGUACCAAACCCUAUAUAUAUAUAUUUCUUUAUUUUGUACUUAUUAAAAUGUAUUUACUGUAAAUUAGCUGUUAAAAUAGAGUGGUAUUGAUCAUAAUUCCAAUAGAAUCUGAUGCGCUAAAAUACUAGGGAUACAAACUCACCGCAAGACAACAUGUUAAUCAGACUAUCACCUUUUUACGUUUUGAUCACGUUGCUGCUCAUUUUUGCACUGUCCCAAUGUGUGGAUUUAAAAGCUGCGAAACAUAUAACAGGAGAAACCGAGGAGCAGAAUCGCCGGGAAGUAGGCAAAGCUUUUCCCGGGCAAGAGAGCGUUUCUUUGGCUACACAGUUGUCUGGCACCCCGAAAGAGAGCGUUGCCAAAACUAGCCUGAAGACCAAAAUCCCAAAUAUCAAAGCGCCAGGAAAAGCUGGCAAAGUUGCAACAAAUUCAACUAAAAAAGCGAAGAAAUUAAUCGGCGCCCAUGUGUGCGGCACUAGAUGUUGUUCUGGAUGGAGCCUGGCCCCCAAGACCAAGAAAUGCACCAAACCUCAGUGCGCCCCCCGGUGUCUGAAUGGGGGACUGUGUGAAAGGCCCCACACGUGUGUCUGCAAGCCUGGCUUCGAGGGACCCAGGUGCGAGACAACCAGCACCUCCCAGGGACUGUCGACCCCCAUCCCCACCUCCCCUCCCACGUCCCCCAGCUCCACCACUUCAUCCCUGGGGGCUGUCCGGGCAGGCAGGGCGCACAAGGAACCUGAGAGGGGUCCCAGGACACCGUCCCAGACCCCCAAGAAACACAGCACAGUGCGCUGGCAUCCUUUAACGCUGAAGGAGGCUCAGUCUGUGCUUCAGAAGAAGUUGUCGGGGUCAGGCGGCCUGCCUGAGAAGAUGACCGCCCUGCUGUCUAAACACGUGGAGGCCCAGCGUGGGAAGCUGCUGUCCGCGGGGCUGCUGGUGGUCAAGGAGUCAAGCGUGAAGAUCGUCCGCACUUCGCAGGGGGAGUACACCGUCUACCGGACCCCCGCACCAGCUAGGAAUCAAAACACUGCGGGCGAACGCAUUAAGGUGCUGUUCACUCCAACCAUCUGCAAGGUGCGUUGUGCUGGGGGUCGCUGUACCAACCACUGCGAGAGAGGCAAUGUCACCACUGUCUACAGCUCUGAGAGGGGGUAUUCACCACCUGGGGCUGGCUUCAGAGUCUUCUUAUGCCCGCUGCUGUGUCAGAACGGCGGAAUUUGUAUGCAGAAGGACCAUUGUCUCUGCCCACCGAACUUUACCGGGAAAUUCUGCCACGUCCCGGUCUCCUCCUCAACCAAUGAGAUAGAGGGGGCGGUCCAGAACAGAGCAGCAUCAUCCAAUCAGCAGGGGCUAACCCAGUCUGUGUACACCCUCCCACUGCACAACCACCAAUCACAGCAAAGCGGAGGCUCGGAGGUGGUGAAGGUGCAUGUGCAGCACCCCCUAGAGGCCAGCGUGAAUAUACACCAGGUGCAGCGUGUGAGAGAGGGGCCAGCACAGGGGCAGAGGCAGGGGCAGGGUGAUGUCAUCGCGGACAGGAGGGCACCGGUGCCCAGGAUCCAAGCUCAGACCAUCCGAGGAGACUCCAGCUACUCUGAGUCAUCCGGAUUUGGAUACUGCUUCCAAGAAGUCCGGAACGGCCAGUGUAGCUCUCCUCUGCCUGGACUGAGGACCCAGGAGAUCUGCUGUCGAGGUCAAGGGAAGGCCUGGGGGAUCAGCGAGUGUGCCCUGUGCCCAUCCAACCAGGGGAGCGGUGCCAGUGUGGAUGGAGGCUGUCCCAAGGGUUUCGAGAGGAUCAAUGGGACCCAGUGUGUGGAUGUUAACGAGUGCUCCCUGCCCAGGUUCUGUCAGAAUGGGGAAUGCAUCAACACCCGGGGAAGCUACAGCUGUGUCUGCAAGACAGGCUACAUACUGGAUGCUUCUCAAGGACGCUGCAUUUCCCAGCUGGUGAUCUCUGAGUCGAAGGGGCAGUGUUAUCGCAUCCUGAAAACGGGGUUCUGCUCGCUGCCCAUCCUAAGGAACAUCACCAAGCAGAUCUGCUGCUGCAGCAGAGUGGGCAAAGCCUGGGGCCGGGCCUGUGAGAGGUGCCCACCCUUCGGAUCAGAGCAAUUUAAAGAGAUUUGCCCAGCAGGGCCAGGUUACCACUACUCAGCUUCCAGUGUUAAAAUCAACCAGGAGCGGCAAACUGCAGUGGUGCCCCCUAGAGACCAAACACCCCCUCUGACUGCCAAUGUGGGCCACGAGAGAGAAGAGAGGCCAGUGCAACCACUGCAACCAGAGCACCCAGUACAACCAGUAAGACCAGUGCAGACAUUCACCGUCUCCACCACAACCCGCGCUGCCACGCGUGCCCCAGAGGUGCGAGUAUGUGACCUGAACCCCCAAAUCUGUGGUGCAGGGCGCUGUCUGAAGCAGCGAGGAGGAGCCUACACCUGUCUCUGCAACCAGGGCUACCACAUCAGCCCCCAGCAGACACGAUGUGUGGAUGUGGACGAGUGCAGCCUGAGCCCGCGGCCCUGCAUGAACGGUCAGUGUGAGAACACGGCUGGGAGUUACCGAUGCCUGUGUCCAUCUGGGUUUAGACUGGGGCUGCAAGGAGCCAGCUGCACAGAUAUAGAUGAGUGCCGGCAGUCCCCCGGCCCCUGCACUAACGCACGUUGUGAGAACACACCUGGCAGCUACAGGUGUGUCUGCGCUGCUGGAUACCAGCUGGACCCCCAGGGAGCUGAGUGCACAGAUAUCAACGAGUGUGAGAAUGCUGUAACCUGCCCUGGUCAGGAAUGUGUUAACUCCGCUGGCUCCUUCCAGUGUGUGCCCUGCCAGCCUGGUUACCAGCUAAAGAACGGCAGAUGCACAGAUGUGGACGAGUGCAGCCUGAGCCCGCGGCCCUGCAUGAACGGUCAGUGUGAGAACACGGCUGGGAGUUACCGAUGCCUGUGUCCAUCUGGGUUUAGACUGGGGCCGCAAGGAGCCAGCUGCACAGAUAUCGACGAAUGCCGCCUAAUGCCACGGCCUUGCUCCAUUGGUCAUUGUGAGAACACAGCAGGCAGCUAUAGAUGUGUGUGUCCCACCGGCUACAGACUGAACCCACAGGGAAGCCAGUGCAUUGAUAUAGAUGAGUGCCAGCAGUCCCCCGGCCCCUGCACUAACGCACGUUGUGAGAACACACCUGGCAGCUACAGGUGUGUCUGCGCUGCUGGAUACCAGCUGGACCCCCAGGGAGCUGAGUGCACAGAUAUCAACGAGUGUGAGAAUGCUGUAACCUGCCCUGGUCAGGAAUGUGUUAACUCCGCUGGCUCCUUCCAGUGUGUGCCCUGCCAGCCUGGUUACCAGCUAAAGAACGGCAGAUGCACAGACGUUGAUGAGUGUCUGGGCUCGUUAGUCUGUGGUACUAAUGGGCAGUGCGUGAACACAGAUGGCUCCUUCAGCUGUGACUGCAAGAUCGGAUUCAGGUCGGACAGCAGUCGGCGCCAGUGCAGCGAUAUCAAUGAGUGUCUGGAAGGGGACUUCUGUUUCCCACACGGCGAAUGCCUCAACACUGAAGGGUCAUACAGCUGUCUGUGUUCCGAGGGAUACAAAGCCACCCCAGACGGAGGCUCCUGUAUAGAUGUGGAUGAGUGUGCCAGGCCGGAGCUCUGCCAGGAUGGCAGUUGUACCAACACCCAGGGCUCCUUCGAGUGUGUGUGCCAACCUGGCUUUGCCACCAACCCAGAAAAGACUGCCUGCCUUGACGUUGAGGAGUGUGCAGAGUCGAGGGGAGCUGUGUGUGGACCCCGCCGUUGUGAGAACACCAUCGGCUCCUUCCAUUGCAUCACUUCCUGUGAACCCGGCCACAGGGCCACUGCCAGCGGGGACUGUGUGGACAUUAACGAGUGUGUGAAUGACACUGUCUGCGGUGACCAUGCCUUCUGCCAGAACCUGAUUGGCUCAUACCAGUGUCUGUGUGACCAGGGCUAUGAGGCGGGGCGAAAUGGGCGGAGCUGUGUGGAUGUGAACGAGUGUGACAGCAUGCAGGGUGCCUGUGGGGCAGCGCGCUGUGAGAACGUGGAGGGCUCCUUCCUCUGUAUCUGCGGCCAGGACAGUGAGGAGUUUGACCCCCGCACGGGACAGUGCAUCAGCCGGGAUGGGGAAGCCCAGAGGUUUCCCAGCAGUUCUGGGGGAGUAUAUCGACCAGACCCCUCCCCUCCGCGCAGCGAUGUCAGAGAAUGCUACUACAACAUCCAUGAUGCAAACGUGUGCCAGAACAUACUGACACGCAACGCAACCCUACAGGAGUGCUGCUGCACUGUGGGGGAGGGCUGGGGGGAGAACUGUCAGCUGACUGCCUGCCCGGCACCUGGGACAGCUGAAUACCAGUCUGUGUGUCCCAGCGGAAAGGGAUAUCUGACCUCUGCUCCAGGCUCCUUCAGUUACAAGGAUGUAGAUGAGUGCACACUGUUCAGUUCUGAAGUGUGUAAGAAUGGUGUGUGUGUGAACACGAUCCCAGGAUACUCCUGCUACUGUCCCAACGGAUACUACUACGACCAAACGCAACUGGAGUGUGUGGAUAACGAUGAGUGCUUGGAGGAGGAAUCCUGUCUGGGAGGGAGCUGUGUCAACACUAUGGGCUCAUAUUACUGUUCCUGUAACCCCCCUCUCAUCCUGGAUGCAGCCCAGCGAGAGUGUGUCGCCAACAUCAGCCAGUCUGCCGAUGAAAACCUGGCAUACUGCUGGCAGGAGUUAGGAGACGGUUAUAUCUGCAACCGGCCCUUGCUGGAUAGGCAGAUCACUUACACAGAGUGCUGUUGCCUGUAUGGACUGGCCUGGGGUAUAGAAUGUGCACUCUGCCCCACCCGAGACUCAGAUGAUUACGAAGCCCUGUGUAAUGUCUUGAGACCCCCGGCUUACGGACCCCCUGUCGGGCCCUACGCUGGGGAAUAUGGACCAGACUUUGGGGGGGACUACGAGCCUCCAUAUGGUCCAGACACCUUCGCUGAACCCCCUCCACGAGGCAGAACCCCAGACUAUCUCAGACCCGGGGGGUUUGAAGACUACCCCCCCCGUGGGGGACAGGUGCCAAGCUACGGGUCCCGUUCUCGCUCUCCGGCUUCAUACAGACCACAGGAGGGCCCGUACGGACGCCGCGGCCCUGGUCAGAGCUACGAUCUGGGGGAUUUUGAGUCUGACCUGCCCUAUGUACCCCCUGAAUCAGAGCCCAGACCCCCUUUUGGCAGAGCGGACUCCCUGAUAGAACCCUCUUAUGAAUCCCGUCAAGGGAGGUACAGAUCCCUGAGCCCCCAGCCUGUUGGACCCCCCUUUGAGCCAGACGAGCCCUCUGCCCCCUGGCUGCAGUACAGACCAAGAGAGGCAGCCCCCUACCCGGAGUACCCUGACCGGCCACUGGGGGGCAUCAGGAGAGAGACCUAUGAGAGCAGAUACGAGUCGUACGAGGGCCUGAGCGCGGAGGAGUGUGGGAUACUGCGCGGCUGUGAGAAUGGCCGCUGCAUCCGCGUGCCGGAGGGCUAUACCUGUGACUGCUAUGAUGGCUACCACCUGGACAUGACUACAAUGACCUGCAUAGAUAUAAACGAGUGCGAUGAGGCAGACGACCCCUCCACCCUGUGUGUGAACGGACAGUGUCUGAACACAGACGGCUCCUAUCAGUGUGUGUGCUUCCGUGGCUUUGUGAUGUCAAGACAACGUAAUUACUGCAUCCCAGCACGACCACGGCAGUGAGGGAAGAGAACGCAACACACACUCACACACACUCACACACACCCACACUCACAUACACUCUACACUCACAUACACUCACACACCAAAGAUUUCUGACUUAACUGUUUCCAACCAUGUUCAUUGAACAGGGUAUAUUUUUUAUUCAGAUAUGAUAAACAGGCCAGGGAGGUAUUUAUUUUUGUGAAUAUUUAAAUGAGGAAUUUUUUUUUUUUUGCAAUGACAUUAAGCAGGAAUUUUGUACCAUGUGAAUAUAUAUACAACUUGACUUUAAAAAAAUUAAUGAAAAUAAAAAGAUCAGCAUUCUGUAUUUUUUCUUUGCAUUGGUAAACUAAUAAUAAUAAUAAUAAUAAUAAUAAUAAUAAUAAUAAUAAUAAUAAUAAUAAUAAUAAUAAUAAUUACUAUAGACUGUACAAUGUGCAGAACUUUUGGCCUGUCCAUUAGUACAAAUUAGACCAAUGUGCCUAUUAUCAUUAUUUCGUUUUUCAAAUUAAAUUUCACUUCAAAUUAAAUUUCACUUGCCUGUCACAGAGAUAUUUACUCAUGUUAAUUAACUUUUUCUUGUAAUUAUAUAUAUAAUAUAUAUAUAUAUAUAUAUAUAUAUAUAUAUAUAUAUAUAUAUAUAUAUAUAUAAUUACAAGAAAAAAGUUAAUUAACACAAAUAAAUAUAUCUGUGAUAGACAGCUAGAACUAAACAUUUUAACAUCGACAUAACAUCUGCUACAAAAACAAAGAAAAUGACAUUUCUUAUUCUUUGUUCUAUUUCUGUUACUCUUCCAAGUAACCAAGUACCAAGUAACACAAAAAACGACAGUAGUUUAUUUUUCUGUUACGUCCUUCUUCGAUUAAAUUCAAGGUUACUUUUUUUUUGUACUACUGCAACAUAAAAACUGUUCUUUUGACUUUGCUGUGACAAUUCUUUGACCCCACUUGACCUCCUGAACUAUCUAUGAGGUCAAAUCGGUUUGAGUUGGUUUACAGUGACUUUAAUUAAGCUAAUGAUGAAGUAAUUUGCUUUUUUUUUAUUGUUAUUUACUGGUUUUGAUUUGACUCAGAGAUUUGUUGCGCUAUAACAAUAUUUUAUUAAAAUGUUUUUCCAGAAGAUGCUAAGGAUUUGGGUGUACUGAACAAAAAAAUGUAAUCAGAAAAAUGUUUUUUUUUUUUUUUUUUAACAGUA